CUGCCACAUUAAGGUGUUCAAAGCCCUUAUGGUCAUUUAGGGCGGGGUUAAAACAACGAAUCAAGUUGAAGUACUGCAAAUUACAGUCCAAGCCGUGUUAUAAAACUUCUUCGGCAAAUCACCGUCCUCAUUUUAGAUCCGCGGCCGCCUCACACGCCUCAAUUCCCACUGAGUCGUAUAACAAAAUACACACAAGUAAAAUGAAGACACUUUUUGUGCUGCCUCUGGCCACGGUACUUUUAUUCUUGGCUACAUCUCGAGGAGAAGAGUAUGAGAAGUUUAAAGACUUCGAAGAUGAAUCCCAAGACUACGUUGCUGACAGAGUUAAGGAGUGGCGUCAACGGCAGCAGCUGAGGAGCAUGUUUGAUCCAAACUGUCUUGUUUGGACUCGAAGAAACUCGAACUGCUUCAACGGAAAGAAACGCAGCUAUGACAGCAGACAAGUAGGUCUUCUUUGGUUAACAAGAAAAACUUGAAAUUUAUUUAUCGUGAAUGCUCUGCGUGGGAUGAGAAAUUUCGCGAACAUUGCGAAGCAUACCAAUUAGAUAAAAAGUACCGUAGGUGCAGUUAUUGCAAACCGCAGACCUUCCUGCCAUGAAUUAAGAAGUGAGAGCAAAACGGUCACAAUAACAUUUGGUGUUAAGAACUGUUUUAGAUAUUUGGAACGAUUAAACAUGCCGGGAUUACUAUUAAUACUAACGUGCUUUUAUAUUAUUUUACAACAGGCUCGUUCAGACAGUACAGACAACAGCGUACUUGAAGAUGCUGACUACUAUGAAUAACUAAAGACUUUUUCUGCCGCAAAGAAGUAUGGAUAUAGAACAUUUGGAGAAAUAGAACACAUGAGCAGUAGAGUAUGAAUUGAAUAAUAUAUGCUUAAAUGUAAAAUAGAAUGCUGUCUCAAAUAAUGAUAAUUAUGUAAAGCGAUAAAAUGAGUGUGAAACAACUAAGAAGUAAGGUUGCUAUUUCUCAAUCUUAUGUUAAGCUAACUUUUCUCCUAGUAAUCCAGACGUUACUGAUUAAAAAAUAAAUUGUUACAAUCUAUUUCAGUUUCUGAUUUCUUUGUGAGCGAUACAGGCUUAUCUUCCGCUUAAGAUUUAUU